AUGGAUCAUAGCAAGGUGAGUUCAGUAGUUGAAUGGCUGCGAUCCAAAUCGGUCCGGGACAUCAGGGGUUUUUUGGGUCUCACGGGGUAUUACCGGAGGUUUGUGCGGGGGUAUGGAUUGAUAGUGAUACCGUUGGCGGCACUACUGAAGAAGGCAGCCCCCGUAGUGUUUGAAUGGCCCCCGGAAGCCGAAGCUGCUUUUGUUCGCCUAAAAAAGGCAUUGACCGAGGCUCCAGUUCUUGCCAUGCCUCGAUUUGACCAACCCUUCGUGGUGGAAUGCGACGUGUCCGGGACGGGUGUGGGAGCUGUUCUGAUGCAGGAGCGUUGUCCCGUGGCAUAUUUCAGCAAGACCAUGGCUGAUCAGACUCUCACUAAGUUUGCCUAUGAGCGAGAGAUGAUGGGAUUGGCCAUCGCAGUCCAGCAUUGGAGACCAUAUUUAAUUGACCGGAAAUUCGUGGUGAGGACGGACCAUCGGAGCCUGAAACACCUACUGACUCAAAAUAUUGUCACACCUUCACAGCAGUUGUGGGUGGCAAAGCUUCUCGGGUAUGACUUUACUAUAGAAUAUAAGACGGGAGCUUCAAAUGCAGCUGCAGAUGCUUUGUCUCGCAGGGGGGAGGAGCUAGAGUUGGCAGCGGUGAGUGUACCGGGAUGGUUGGGGUUGGACGAGGUGCGGUCCGAGCAGUGGCAGGAUGCCUCUCUUCGCCGCAUCAUCACCGCGAUUGAAGCAGGUCCGGACAGUAGUCGAGGUUAUGAGGUCAUCGGAGGGUGUUUAUAUUACAAAGGAUGGUUGGCGUUGUCGGUGCGGUCGAGAUGGAUUCCACAACUGCUGAGGGAGUUUCAUGAUACUCCAGUGGGCGGCCAUGCAGCUAACUAUCAGACACUCACGCCAGCAAGAUGGUUGCACCCCCUGCCGAUUCCUAUGUUUGUUUGGGAGGAUAUAUCUAUGGAUUUCAUUACUUGCCUGCCAAAGUCGAGGGGAUAUUCUAAUAUUCUGGUGGUGGUGGAUCGGCUCUCGAAGUAUGGGCAUUUCAUUGCCCUGAAGCCGCCUAAUACAGCUCGUUCGAUGGCGGAGGCGUUUAUGAGAGAUAGUUCGAUUGCACAGGAUACCUCGGUCGAUUGUGAAUCGGGAACAUCUCUGAAGUUCAGUUCGGCUUAUCACGCAGAGACCGAUGGCCAAACGGAGGUGCUAAAUAGGGCGGUGGAGACCUAUCUGCGCUGUUUUCCUUGUGAACAACCUAAAAAGUGGAUGCGGUGGUUAGCUUUGGCGGAGUAUUGGUAUAAUACAUCCUUCCAGACCGCCGCCAAGAUGACACCCUUUGAAGUGGUUUAUAGGAGAGAGCCGUCUUCAAUCAAAAGCCGCAUAUAUCUAGUCUUUCAUGUGUCGCAACUGCAACGUGUGGUGGGGGACCAUCCGGUGGAGCAGGAAUUGCCGGUUACCUUGGAGAUUCCGGUAGGGCCGUUCUUUGAGCCUGAGGAGGUGUUGGCAGCACGUAAUGUGGCAGAGGAUGGGAGUGAGGAGGAUCAAGUGUUGGUGAGAUGGGUUGGUCAGACAGAGGAUGAUGCGACAUGGGUUGAUUUGAGCGAGUUUCGGCGUCAGUUUCCAGAUUUCAACCUUGGGAACAAGGUUUUUUUGAAGAGGGAUGGAGUUGAUAGCGAACAGGAUGAGGGGGACCAGCCCGUUGUCAAGGCUGCUACUGAGCCACGACCCCUGUUGGUCUAUCGUCGGCGGAGUCGGGAUUGA